AUCCUGGAAGUUAUUACAAGGGAGGGCAAAGAUCGAGAGGUGACGUAGCAAAGAUGUUGGGGCCUUGCCGAAGGAGAUGAUUACAACCGAUAGACCGGCUGAUAAGAUGAGGAAGUUAGCCAUCAGUAGAGGUCGGGACAAGGGAAAGGAACAAUCCUGGAGAGCAUGAAAGACUGUGUUUGAAAGAUUGAAGGUGUCGUCGUGUAUUUGAUGGUAUAAUUUUAGCUCACUAAGAUUUGGGGGGCUGAUGAAGAUUAGUUGCUAACCAGCAGGCAGGAAAGCGUACUAGCAACGACAGAGGAAAUCGGUGACCACUGCCAGUGCAGAUCGACAGUCUGGUCGUGAUCAUGUCUUGCACAGAAACGAAAUGGCUGGGGCGUUGUCGUCAAAUGGAGGAGUAAGACUUUGGUUCGAGAGGGAUGUCGACAAGCGCUUGUGGAUGAUAGAAUCGUAGGGAGUUGGGUGGUGUGGUGGGAGGAGGAGGGGUUGUAUAUCUCAAACUGCAGGAACGAAGGAAGCCCUUGGAGCUCUCAAAGGACUCCCUGCAGAGUACGUCGUCGUCACCAUUUAGCUUUGUUGCUGGAGGAUAGAGCUACACAUCGCGGAUUAGCAAGACAUUAGCAAGCUUUUCUACGAUUUCGUAGCUGCUUUUUCACUUGUCACAGCUCACUAUUCUGCGAGGUGGUCUCUUCAGAAGGCUAGGCGUGGACCAAGUUACGUCUUUUUUCAGAUGGUAGAAAUAUCCUUCAGAAGGGAAGGUCCAAUCAAAUGAUAAGCACAAGCUGGAAUUCUGACAUCAAAACUAAAUGCUCUUGAAAGCGGCUGAAGGUUGAAGCAGCAAGUACAGUGCAAUGGGGAAAUCAAACAAGACUACCAAAUGGUUAAAGGCUGUAAAAAAGGCCUUCCGCUCACCUUCCAAAGAGAGAUCUCUCACCCCAGACCAGGAAGUGAGGGUUGAUGUAGAUGACCAGGAAGUCCUCACCAAGCAUGACUUCUCACCGGUGCGACAUCAAGCACCAGCACUUCAUCCACUUCCAUCGUAUGAAAUUAUCACACAUGACGAUGUUGAGCCCGUGCACAGUCGUGGACAACCAUUACCCAUGCCAGAGGCUGUAGAUCCAACUAUUUCUGUGAAACUUCCCAUCAAGGAAUUGGAGAACGUGAUAGAAGAAGAAGCAGAAACUAAAGCAGAAGUUCACGAGGUUCAGAAGCAACAGGAUGACGACGAUGACAGCACUUUGAGUGAAGAAGAGGAGGCGGCCGCCAGGAUUAAGCAACGCUUCUCAGAUCCCGCGGCUCUGAAGGGAUUGAUCUCACUUCAAGCACUAGUCCGUGGGCAUCAAGUGCGCAAACAAGCGGCCACAACAUUACAAACAAUGGAAGCAAUUGUGCGUGUACAAUCCGUCUUCCGGGGACGCCUUGUUCGAAUGUCCAAAGAUGGCAGGGCUGUACGAAGCCGAAUAUCAAAGAGGCGGCGGCUAAGUUCUCGUGGUGGCUUACACGGGACUGUAAGCAAAGGUAAACUACCGAUUCAAGAGACUCAAACAAGUGGAGAUGAAGAGGAGACGACCAAACGUAAGCUACCCACAGGAAAUCUCUUGACUCAACAGUUGAAGAGGAGUGUACCAAACCGAAGCUUGUUGUUCAUUGAUUGCGGCCCAGGCCAACCGCACUGGGGCUGGGAAUGGCUGGAGUUGUGGUCUAAUGCCAGGCCUUGGGAAAUACGUCAUGUUGAAGACUUGAAAGAAUCUAAGUCCUCGAACGAAACCUCAAAGGAUUCCAAGAAUUCCAAAGAAUUCUUCGAAAUCGUUCCAUCACGAAAAAAUUCGAAGGAUUAUGCAACGAAGGGGGUUGAUAUCAAUACCUUACAGGUGAAGUUUCAUGAGGACUACGUCUCCAACUCGUCGCCCGCCAAGUCUGGGUCCCCUUCGAGCCCCUUGUCUGAGAAGAAGGAACCCCUGAAUGGAAGACCUUCAACCCUCUUGUCCGAGAUGAAAGAAGCUGUUAGGGCUUUAAGCCCCUCUUCGGAGAAGAAAGAACUUGUUAAAGCUUCAAGUCCCUCAUCAGAGAAGAAAAAACCCGUCGGAAUUUUGAGCCCCUUGUCUGAGAAGAAGGAAUCUACCAGAUUAUCUCCAAGCUCCAUGUUCGAGAAGAAAGAAGCUGCUGCCAGAUCUCCAAGCUCGUUGGCCCCAUUGUCCGAAAAGAAAGAGCCAGAAUGUAUUGUAGCGGAAUGGGGUGCACCUGUGCCCGCUCCAUUACCUCCUCCUCCUCUACCAGCAUCGACUCCGGCUUCGCAUAGUAAUCGCACUAUUUCAAAACCACCGCCCAUUGAAGUGCCUACCCAUCCAUGCGUGGAAGAAGACACACCCGCCCAGCUCCUGGAGCCGACACCUCCAGAGACUCAGAAACCAUCUCCUGCAGCCUCAGAAGCUGAAUCAAUACCUGUACCUCCUUCACCCCAAGCAUCAGAUGCAUCACUUCACGAGCCAGAAAAGCCGCAAAGUUUGGAUUCCGCUGGAGACGAUCCAUCUGUGGCUAUGAAACGUUUGGGCUUGCAAGAAUCUCACAGUGAUAAUGGAUUAGAGACGAACAGAGAGUCCAAUGGAGAAUCGAAUGGAGAGAAUCAUAGCGACAGCUUAUCAGCUGCAAAUGGUGCGCAUCAACUUAGCCAAGACGCACCAAGUGCCAAAGAUUCCUCCUCAAGUAAUCACGUCCUUUCCCUUGAAGAUGUCGUCGAUGGACACCCCAGCAAUAGACACCAGGAAAACGGUGACAGCAAGUUGAAGAAGGGAGAGAAGGUCGGAGAAAACGGAGAUAGCCCCAUCCCAAGCAAGCGACCGACAUGCCGCUAUAUGGCAGCAACUGAAUCUGCAAGAGCGAAAUUUCGGUCUUCUAGCAAUCCUAAGACAAGAACGCCUGAUACCCCAGAAUCGCCAGGCAGGCCACUGAAUCGAUAUUCUAUUGGGGGUACAACUCCAAGCAAGGGAACUAAUUCUCCCAAUACCACCCUCGGCACACGAAAGAGCUCCACUUUCCAGAACCGAGGAAGUCCGAGCCCAAAGGCGGGAGUUUUGAAAGAAAAGCUAGCUCGGGGAGCCGACACUGGAGCUGAAUCACCUGCGCGCAGAAAUUCUGUAGGAGGCAUGAGGUGGAGAACUUGAUGGGGAUACAAAGUAGCACACUCCUGGGAUGUUGUGGAGCAUCUGAUUCCAUUGCCUCCAUAUCAGCGUGAUCGUUCCCCUUUGUUGCAAACGCACAGCAUUCAGUAGAAAGCCCCGUGCCAUAAUCGUAACUUGCAACAACUGGGGGGCUCCUUUCUAAUUAUUUUAUGUGAAGAAUUACAUAAAGGCGGUUAGAUUAUUAGCAGACUGGAACUGAAAAUUUGUGGGGCUAUCUUUCUUUAACUUUGAUGCCCUUCUGACUUCGCUGACAGUCCGCCUGGAGUUUCAGAGCUGGGAAGUUGUCAUCACUGCUCUCAUUGUCUGGCCUACAGCUUUCGCUGAUAAGUAAUGUCUUCAGUUUUUUUUUUUCCUUUUUUUUUCUUUUUUU